ACAUAGCAGGACCAUUAAGGUUGGAAUUGCUUGCAUCCAAUGCAAGAUGCUGCAGCUCCAGCUCGUGGUGGUGCAUUUGGCCCUUGUGAUUGCCCUGCUGUGGUGGAGCUCCAGCUCUGUGCUCCUUGCAGAGGCAGCUCCUGAGCCUUUGGAACCUUCUGCUGCUCUGGGUGUGGGAGCACAUCCCAUUGCCAGUGAAGAGAAAUCAGCCACCAACCUGGCAGACAAAUUGAUCCUUCUUGAUGACUUGGUGUCUCUGGAGAAUGAGGUGACUGAGACCAAGAGGAAAAGAAGCUUCCCAGGAUUUGGCUCCCCAAUUGACAGAAUUUCUUCAGCCUCCGUGGAUGCUAAAGGCAAACAGAGGAAAGUGCUUGAGCUGCCCAAGAGAAGGUUUGGAGUUCCUCUGGACCGCAUUGGAGUCAGCCACCUCGGCAACACCAGGGGUUAGCAGCUCCUG